AUGGUUGGGGUUGGGGAAGAUCUCGCUGGGAGCUGGUCGGGGGGUAAUGGCCCUUUUUUUUUGGAGAGAGAGAGAGAGAGAGAGAGAUUAGGGGUGGGAUACAUUAGAGUUGGGGCCUUUGGGUGGGGAGAAAGCGGUUGGGGUAGGGAUAGACAAGGUUGUGGGUUGUUGCUGGGGAGAAAGAGGGAAGAGAGAAGGGUUGUGGUGGCUGAGAGAGCAAAAUCAGCAAGCAAGCAUCUUUUGACAUCGAGGGUGCAGCAUCUAUAUUGUCACAUGGGUGUAGGUCCCAGUGUUAGCUAG